CAGAACUGGAUAAGUAGGAGCUCUGAUGUGGUCAUCGUGGUGGAGACAAUGCUUUCCCGAUAGAUGGGGUUUCAGAUUUACUGUUGUAAAAUGAUAUAGAGGAUAUUUAUCUUUAUCAUUGUGUCAUCCCAUACCUUUAAGGCUGCAUUAGCUAAUGUCAUUCAUUGGCCAAAUGUUUCCCUCAGGAUUUGGCAUUGUUAUAGGAUGUCUGCUGCAAGCCAGGCUCUGUGCUAGGCAUCGCAGGCACAAAUACACACAGAGGAAGAGACAGUGAUGACUGCGAUGGGAAACACAGUGAAGCUCUGUAGGAAGCCAGAAGGCACGCCACCAUCACAAGACCAGCCGUGUUGUAAGCUUAGCGUCUGCCUGUUUGUUGGACUCACAGACCAUAUUAUCCCAGAUCAAGUGUUAUAUCUGCAUGAAAAGGCAACACUGGAGCCCACGACUGGUUUUCAGGCAGCUCUGCCUUUACCCUGACUUAUGUUGACAGAUAAGACAGGAGGGCUACCGGAGGGUGCUUGAGUCCUUCCUACCUAGGAAACCAAACGCAGACGAGACUCUGGAGAAGGAAAGUCUCAUCUCUCAUGGAGAAGUUCUGGGGCAUCGUGGAUGCCUGAGCUGAGACAGUGAUGUUCCUGUGACCACCAGCUGAGCAUCAGAAUCACUCCCCAGUAUCUGGAUGAUGAGAACCUUGAAAAAGACACCCCCUUGUCAUGGCAAGGGUAGAGGUCUGGGCAGUCCCACAGGACUUUAGAAGCAUCCAUCCUGGACGACCAGGGCAAUAAACACCUGUUUUGAGUUAAGAAUCAGGAUAAAUUCAAGGGAGACUCCCAACCACCACACCUCAGUUUUCCAAGGUCUGAGCAGCAGAAAUCCAAGAAGGGUCCUGAUUAUCAGCACUUCUUAAUCAUGACUACAGCUUCUGCCUGAGAGGCUUGAAGAUCAAAAAGAAAACACUACUCCAAGGAGAUGGAGCCCACCAGAGGCUGCUCUGGGCUCCUGACUUGUCUCUAGUUUACUUAGUGAAAACAACAGCAAUGAAGAGCUUGCAUAGGCAAGGUGUCAAGGGCAAGGGUUGAAAUGGCUGUGGGGCUGUGAACCUGUGCAAAUCCACCCACCAUCAAAGCUCAGUCCAACUAAUUUCUCUUCCUUUUGGUUCUCCAGGCCCUCGCUGGACCACAUGCGUCUCUCCCUCCUCUGAGCCCCUCUCACAAUGUGCAGUUUAGCAUUUUAUUAUAUUUAGUCUUAUAAUCUAAUUGUUCGUUGUACACUGAGUUACCACAACAAAAUCGCAUUUGUGUCUUUCAGUUCUUUGAAAUGAGAGAGUUACAGUAGCAGGCGUGCAGCAGGUGUUUAAUACUUAAUCUAAUUGGGGAUCAGAAAAUAAGAGCUUGUGGAAACGUUCAUAUAACUUCCUCCUUUCACAAAAUAGUACACAGAUCCAGAGAAUUGCUGCUUUAUCCAUUUCACAGGUGUCUAAUGAAACUUUCAAGCCUGUGCUGGGUGCUGUGCAGGAGAUAGAGAUGCCCAACAGAGGGGCCUGGCUCUCAUGGACCUUUCUGUGAGGCAUGGGUAAUAGGAUGCUUGCCCCAAUCACCAAAGGGGGAACCCCAAGAGGAAAGUAAAAAUAAGCCUGAGGGGUCUCAGGUGAGGGAGAUAAUGGGGCUUCUGAGGGACUCCAGGUGGGUUUAUGAAAAAGGUGGCAGCUGAAUUCCAUGUGGAAGGAUGUGCUCUGCAGGAACCGGGAAGGGGCAUCCAAGUGGGAGUAUGCCGUGGCCUUCACCAAGCUUUACAUCCAAGUCAACACCAGCCACGGGAGUCCGCUGGGACAGGUGUGACUGUGGCUGCCCUCCACGCCCAACCUUCUGGGGGUCUGCUGAGGAAGAGCAUGCCUGUGCACCAGACUCAGAGCUCAGAGUUCCUCUUGAUGUGGUCACCCAGCUCUCCACACCCAAAGAGCGCUGCCUCUCUCCUCUUCUCAGUUCUAUUUACUCCUUCUGGGGCUUCUCUGGUGGCUAAGACUGUAAACAAGCCUUCAAUGAGGGAGACCCGGGUUUGAUCCCUGGGUGGAGAAGAUGCCCUGGAGAAUGGUAUGGCAACCCACUCCAGUAUUCUUGCCUGGAGACUCCCAUGGACGGAGGUGGGCUCUGAGCCUCGAGGGUGGGCUCAGCCCCGGAACCCUAGACCGAGGCCCAGCUGCGUGCAGCGCCUCGGCCCACAUGUGCUGCGCGUUAGCCUCUCCCCUCAGGGCUUGGCGGGUCAUCAUAAGGUUCACAUCGCGCCCCGGAGACAGAUGCAGGCUUCUCUCUCAGCUCCUAUUCUGCGGGCGCUCCGCCCCAGGGUCUGCUCUUCCGCGAGGGAAGCCAGGCUGGGUCCUGUUUCUGGGAAAAGCAGUGGGUGGCUGAGCGAACUCAGACCCGACAGGCCCAGAGCUUCCAAGCUUUCCCCGGCCUGGAUUUUCAGCCUCCCACCUUCAACUUGACUUCUAGCUUCUGACGGCCAUGUCAAGGGGAGCUCUGAAAGUGGCAUCUGGAGUAAAAGGCAGCCUCUUGGGCCCUCCAGCAGCUGGUGUCUGAAGAAACUUUCAAGGCACUGUGCCAUGCCCUGUGCAGGAGACAGAGGUUCUCAAGAGAGGGGCCUGGCUCUCCUGGACCUUUCACUGAGGCAUGGAAAAUAGGAUGCAUGCCCUAAUCACCAAGGGAGGGAACCCAAGAGGAAGGCUUCCAAAAGGAGAACUUUGAGCUUCAGUGAAAGGCAUCAGAAAUUAGUAGAUAUAAACUAUUGCAAAAAAUUACAUGUCGAGGCACUACAAAGGCUACAGAAUCAAACCAGGGACCAAAUGGUGCAGAACGAGAAUGAUGACCGAGCUGAGCGCAAAAGGUUCCUCAGAUUAUUACAGGAUGAACAAUUUGAGCUGGAUAUGGAAGAGGCCAUUCAAAAGGCAGAAGAAAACAAAAGAUUGAGGGAGCUCCAGCUUGAACAAGAAGAAAAAUUGGCUACGGAACUGGCAAAACUAAAACAUGAAAGUCUAAAGGAUGAAAAGUUGAGGCAACAAGUAAGAGAAAACAGUGCUGAGCUCAGAGAAUUGGAGAAGAAAUUAAAAGCAGCUUACAUGAAUAAAGAAAGAGCAGCUCAAAUUGCUGAAAAGGAUGCCAUUAAAUAUGAGCAAAUGAAACGUGAUGCUGAAAUAGCCAGAACUAUGAUGGAAGAGCACGAGAGGUUAAUAAAGGAAGAGAGUGCUGCAGAGGACAAACAAAACCAAGCAAAAGCACAGUACAGUCAUGACUUAGAGAAACAACUGGAGGAACAAGAGAAGAAAAAGCAGGAAGCUUAUGAGCAGCUGCUGAAAGAGAAACUCAUGAUCGAUGAAAUUGUUAGGAAAAUCUAUGAAGAAGAUCAAUUGGAAAGACAGCAAAGGUUAGAGAAAAUGAAUACAACUCGAAGGUAUAUAGAAGAGUUUCAGAAAGAGCAGGCUCUCUGGAGAAAAAAGAAACGGGAGGAGAUGGAAGAAGAAAAUAGAAAAAUAAUAGAGUUUGCCAAGUUGCAGCAACAAAGAGAAGAAGAUCGAAUGGCAAAAGUUCAAGAAAGUGAAGAAAAAAGACUACAGCUUAAAAAUAUGCUGACUCAGAGGUUGGAAGAAAUGCUGCGGCAACGUGAAGAUUUAGAACAAGUGCGACAGGAAUUAUACCAGGAAGAACAAGCUGAAAUAUAUAAGAAGAAACUAGAAGAAGAAGCAGAAGAGAAAUUGAGAAAACAAAAGGAGUUGAAGCAAGAUUUUAUGGACCAAAUGGCCUUGAAGGAAUUAAUACUUCAGGCUGCAAAAGAGGAAGAGGAGACAUUUAGAAAAGCUAUGCUGGCGAAAUUUGCUGAGGAUGAUCGAAUAGAAUUAAUGAAUGCUCAGAAGCAAAGAAUGAAGCAACUAGAACACAAGAGGGCCGUGGAAAAACUUAUAGAAGAGCGCCGCAACCAGUUCCUUGCAGACAAACAACGUGAACUGGAGGAAUGGCAGUGGCAGCAAAGACGACAAGGAUGUAUAAACGCAAUUGUUGAAGAAGAAAGACUAAAACUUCUCAAAGAACAUGCUACAAAACUACUAGGAUAUCUCCCUAAAGGAGUAUUCAAAAAUGAGGAUGAUAUUGAUAUGCUUGGUGAAGAGUUUAGAAAAGCAUAUCAGAAAAGGAGUGAAAUUUCUGAGAAGUGAUACCAUCAAGAUUUGGUAAAACCUGGGUUAUUUUGUAUGUUACCACUAGGUGUCAGUGUGACUUCUGUUUUAGAGUUCAGUGAGUAGGACUCCUCCAUUGUCUCUGGAUUUUCUAAAACAUUUCUGUAUCAUUUAUAAACAACUAGUUGUAAGAAAACAUUUGUUUUCUGAUAAAAAUUAAUACUUUUAACUCCAAGUUUUCUUUCAAUCACUAUUGUUUUUGUACUGAUAAAACUAAAGAUCUGAAUUCUAUACCACACUCCA